GAAUUUGGCGCGAGGUAGGUUGAGGCUUGAAGGGUUUGGAUGGAUAGAAGACCGCUGUUUUGAAACCUGUCGUCAAAAGUGGACUAUGGUCUGCGGGGGGCUGGGCUGGGCAAGGAAUACCUGUUUUCCUACAAAUGGGUUUAGUAUCAAUGGAUCGAGAGGACUGUGCUGAUACCGAUAUCAGACAAAAGCUCUACAACCUGUCAAACCAGAUGUACCAGGUGUAGUGAUAAAUGGGUGGGGAUCAACCUACAAAGACCCAGUUUUUUUUUUGUUUUUUGUUUAGUCUUUAUAAAUAAUACGUUUGCUUUUGCUCUGCGGAGAUAGAACUAGAUGAAAAGAAACCAUUAUAAUUGAGCACUAAGUGUGAAAAAAAUCAACUUCCAGUUGUGCUUGCUGUCUUUAUAGUAAAGAACAGAAAAGGUCUACACGAUGUCUGUGGCGGUGGAAACUACAGUGCCCAGGGUGGCUCUCCCUCUUCCAACCCACUUCUCCCACGCGGAGCAGUCCUUCUCUCUCAAAAAGCGCCGGCUGCCUUUAUCCUCGUCGUCUACGUCAAACUCAUCCUACUAUUCCCCUGCUCGUCUCUCAAAUUCUUUGCCCCCGCUGCCACCGUCUAAAGGAUGCCCCCCGCUGAGCAGAAUGUUCCCUCAGCAUCAAUCCCCCUGGACACCCCUGUCUAAUUCCCUCAGUAAAUCUCCAAAUUCUGGCUAUGAUCCCAGCAAACAGCAGUCCUACUUCAAUCAGUGCUUUACCAACUUGGGCCUGCUGGGGAGGGGAUCAUUUGGAGAAGUUUACAAGGUGCAAAGCAACAGAGAUGGUCGUCAGUACGCAGUCAAACGCUCUGCUCAGCGCUUCAGGGGUAACAGUGAGAGGAAUCGGAGCGUCAGGGAAGCCAGGAAUCAUGAGCGCCUGUGUCCUCACCCUCAUAUUUUGAACUUCGUGGCUGCCUGGGAGGAGUGCGGCCGACUCUACAUCCAGACAGAGCUGUGCAGCACCAGCUUGCUGCACCACGCUGAGAACCAGCCUCCUGGCCCAGACGAGCCUGCUGCUUGGGCCUACCUGUGCGAUCUCCUCUCAGCACUGCAGCACUUACACUCUCAUGGCUUCGUGCAUCUGGACCUCAAGCCCGCCAACGUCCUCAUCACCACCUCUGGUCGUCUGAAGUUGGGCGACUUCGGGCUGCUGCUUGAGCUCAAACAGAUGGGAGCUGCAGGGGAGAAAGCAAAGGACGAUGUUCAGGAGGGUGAUCCCAGAUACAUGGCCCCCGAGCUGCUGCGUGGGGAGUAUGGACCUGCUGCAGAUGUUUUCAGUUUGGGGGUUUCCAUCCUGGAGCUUGCCUGUAAUAUCGAGGUUCCAAACGGUGGCGAGGGGUGGCAGCAGCUCAGGCGAGGCAGUCUCCCCACAGAGUUUACCAACGGCCUGUCAGAGGAGCUUCAGACAGUCCUACGGAUGAUGCUGGCCCCAGAGCCGUCUGAGAGACCCACAGUCUCUGAGCUUCUCGCCCUCCCCUCUGUUAGGAAACGCAGGUGGAGGAGACGCUUGUAUCUUAUGGCUGCUGAGACGAUGCUGACACUGGCCUCUCUGUGUCAGAUCGUAGUCUCCUUUGGGUGUAGAUUCCUCUCCUUCUUUCGCUUGCCCUUCCUCCCUCAUUGGAACAAUCCAGCUCCCUGCACUCCUCCUAAAGACAGUUGGGACAGGGAUUUAACGCUACCUCUCAGUGCCAUGCUUACUGACUCCGGGAGCCCAGAAGAGGACGCAGUGUUUAUUCAUCCCACAGAUCCAGAACUGUCCCCCACCUUCUCACAAAGGGUAAAAUCCAGAUUGUCUGUAGAGAGCACAUCCACGCCUCUCCCGGGCUCGCCAAUGCGCUAUCACCAGAGUCGUGCCCACACACCCACUCACUCAAACCUUGGUGGAUGGUUCUCAUGUAAACUUGCUCAGACCCCUCCCAGCAUCCACACUAAUGGCUCCUGCCAUACACUGACACCCAAUGUGAGUCCCAUACAUGCCGAGCUGGACGCAGACUCCUUCCAGAGCUUACACUCUCCAUCCACCAAGUCCUCACAGCGGCGUGGGCGCAACUGGGUCCAAGCGGAGGCCUUACCUCCUCGACCCAGCUUGGAACCAAAGAAUCUGCUCAGCUUGUUCGAAGAAACGGCUCUGGAGGGAGAACCAUGAGUACAACACUGCCUUUAUCGCAUUCAUGGACAGAGUUUUUGUGUGAAAAAUGUAAUGUGACAAAGACCUAAUGUAUUAAUGUAAUAAGUUUACUAGCUUGUAAAUAUGUUUUGCCAUUUUGUAACAGCUUCUUUUAAUGUGCAUUUGAAACAAAAAAUGAAUUUAGGGGAAAAGGGUUGGAUGUGUACUCAGACCUUAAAUCACUUUUCUUUAUUUUUGGUUUGUGCCAGUUGCUGAAACGACUCGUGACUGUGACUCUGCGUGGUUUACCUUGUGAGAUACAAAACAAAGUUAGCAGAGUUUGAACUUGUGGAGCAUGUUGUGACUAUAAAGCACCUCAAAAUACGA